UUUUUUUUUUUUUUUUUUUUUUUUUUUUUUUUUUUUUUUUAAUCUGUGCUUAUGUUUGAAGCCUGUCUGUGCCGAGGGCGGGGGACGCUUGGCUGCUGCUUCUAUGCUGGGGGUGCCGGGCCGGACCGGGCCGUGCCGAGUGGCCGAUGCUGCUGCCGGCCCCACACGGCUCCGGCUCCGUGCUCCGUGCUGCGGCGGGGAGAAGCCCGGCAUUGUCUCCAUCCGGCUGGCAAUGCCCGCAAGCCUCCAGGAUGCACAUUUCCUCUCCUUCUCUCCUUGUUUUUGUCAGCGGUUCAGCGAGGAAGAAUGCCGCCCACCCAGCCCAAUCCCGGCCAGUACGCCCUGACCAACGGGGACCCCCUGAACGGGCACUGCUAUCUCUCGGGAUACAUCUCCCUGCUGCUGCGGGCCGAGCCCUACCCCACCUCCCGCUACGGCAGCCAGUGCAUGCAGCCCAACAACAUCAUGGGCAUCGAGAACAUCUGCGAGCUGGCCGCCCGCCUGCUCUUCAGCGCCGUCGAGUGGGCCCGCAACAUCCCCUUCUUCCCCGACCUGCAGAUCACCGACCAGGUGGCCCUGCUGCGGCUUACCUGGAGCGAGCUCUUCGUGCUGAACGCGGCUCAGUGCUCCAUGCCGCUGCACGUGGCCCCGCUGCUGGCCGCCGCCGGCCUCCACGCCUCCCCCAUGUCGGCCGACCGCGUCGUCGCCUUCAUGGACCACAUCCGCAUCUUCCAGGAGCAGGUGGAGAAGCUGAAGGCGCUGCACGUCGACUCGGCCGAGUACAGCUGCCUCAAAGCCAUCGUCCUCUUCACCUCAGACGCCUGCGGGCUGUCGGAUGCAGCGCACAUCGAGAGCCUGCAGGAGAAAUCGCAGUGCGCGCUGGAGGAGUACGUACGGAGCCAGUACCCCAACCAACCCAGCCGCUUCGGCAAGCUGCUGCUGCGGCUGCCAUCCCUGCGCACCGUUUCCUCCUCCGUCAUCGAGCAGCUCUUCUUCGUCCGCUUGGUAGGUAAAACCCCCAUCGAGACCCUCAUCAGGGAUAUGCUACUGUCGGGGAGCAGCUUCAACUGGCCUUACAUGUCCAUCCAGUGCUCCUAGAGCCCGGCCGCAGCCCGGCGGGGACGCUGCGCGGCGGCGGA